AUGCGAGAACGCAAUCAGGACAGCCUGGCAGGACUCGUGCUGUAUGUAGGACUCUUCGGACACCCCGGGAUGCUGCACAGGGCCAAGUACAGCCGCUUUCGGAACGAGUCCAUCACGUCCUUGGACGAAGGCAGCCCUGGAGUCUCAGUCGGGGCCAAGGGCUCUCCGCAGCCUUCCUACCCCGCCCUGGCACCUCACCUGCCGGCGGAUGAUGCCACCUUGGCGUCCCAGGAGAGCCCCACGCCGCUCUGCACCUUGAUCCCCCGCAUGGCGAGCGUGAAGCUGGCCAACCCAGCCACCUUGCUGAGCCUGAAAAACUUUUGCCUGGGUACCAAAGAGGUGCCCCGACUGAAGCUCCAGGAAAACCAGGAUCCAGCUCCGAGCAGCCCUGCUUCCCCUGAAACCAGUCUAAAUAGGAUCGGGUCUGCUCCUCCGCCCCAGCCAGACGUGGUGGGGCACAGGACACAUGUCCUAACUCAGGGUGCCUGCCCAGUUCCCCGCCCUGGGGAGCCAACCCCUGGAAGCCGGCAGGACAGGCCCUUUCUCCAGCACCUGCUGGGGAUGGGCAUGAACUACUAUGUGAAGUACAUGGGCUGUAUUGAAGUGCUGCAAUCAAUGAGGUCCCUGGAUUUUGGAAUGAGAACUCAAGUUACAAGGGAAGCAAUAAGUCGCCUGUGUGAAGCUGUCCCUGGAGCAAACGGAGCCGUUAAAAAGCGAAAGCCUCCAGUAAAGUUUCUAUCGACAGUGCUUGGCAAAAGUAAUCUUCAAUUUUCGGGAAUGAAUAUAAAACUAACCAUCUCAACAUGCAGCCUCACGUUGCUGAAUCUCGACAACCAACAGAUUAUUGCAAAUCAUCAUAUGCAGUCUAUUUCAUUUGCCUCUGGAGGGGAUCCUGACACCACAGACUAUGUUGCCUACGUAGCUAAAGAUCCAAUUAAUCAACGAGCCUGCCACAUACUGGAAUGCCACAGUGGAAUGGCUCAAGAUGUUAUAAGCACCAUAGGGCAGGCUUUUGAACUCCGAUUUAAACAGUACUUGAAAAAUCCUUCUAUGAAUACUUCUUGUGAAAGUGAGGAGGUGCAUAUUGAUGGCAAUAUGGAGGGGAGAGAAGACCAUGAAUAUUACAAUGAAAUCCCAGGGAAGCAGCCACCUGCAGGUGGUGUUUCAGAUGUGCGAAUGAAAGUUCAAGCCACAGAGCAAAUGGCUUACUGCCCCAUACGGUGUGAAAAGUUAUGCUAUUUGCCUGGAAACUCCAAGGGCAGCAGCGUGUAUGAGAACUGUUUAGAACAAAGCAGGGCAAUUGGUAAUAUCCAUGAUAGAGGGGUGCAAUCCCCACGAGAUGCCUCAUUAAUGAAGCACACAUGUCGAGUAGAUCUCUUCGAUGACCCCUGCUACAUUAAUACACAGGCUCUUCAAAGUGCGCUUGGCUCUGCUCGAAAUCAAAGUUCAGCUCAACCACUCGGGAGCCAGUGGCACUGUGAAAAGGCCCCAGAAACUGUUCAGCCAGGUGCCAUGGCCCAGCUUGCCAGCUCACAUUCUUUGCCACACAUUAAGCAGCAGCUGCGGAAUGAAGACUGCUACCAUGGCAAGCUGAGCAGGAAGGCGGCAGAGAGCCUCUUGGUAAAGGAUGGGGACUUUUUGGUUCGAGAAAGUGCAACAUCCCCUGGCCAGUAUGUGCUGAGUGGACUACAGGGAGGCCAAGCAAAACACCUUCUCCUGGUGGAUCCUGAAGGCAAGGUGAGGACCAAGGAUCAUGUAUUUGAUAAUGUUGGCCACCUUAUCAGAUAUCACAUGGAUAAUAGCUUGCCCAUCGUCUCUUCUGGAAGUGAAGUAAGCCUUAAACAACCAGUGAGAAAAGAUGCUAAUCCAGGACUGUUGCAUUCCAGCAAAUGACAAUAUUGAAACAGCAUCACACUGAUAUUUUAAGAAACUCCAUUUCGUGUUAGGACACAAGAUAACUUGAACUUUGUUUCUCUGUUUUAUGUUAGGAAACAAAGAUAAUGCAAACUUUGUAGAUAAAAAAGAGCACAAACCAUGAAGUGCAUCUUUCUGAGACCAUCAUGGAUUAGGUCCUUUAUAAAACAAAGAAUUAACAAAAGUUGAUCUCAAGAAAGUGAAAAUCAGAAAAGAGGAAGAGGAUUGGUCCAUUUGAAAAGAAACAAUACAUAUGCACGGAUGUCACUUUUUAAGGUCAUGUUGCAUUGAUAACAAGCUAAAAGCACAACUAAACCUUCACAUACUAAAGACAACUUGAAUGAACUGCUAGGGCAGUAGUAUGUGCCUUUCAACUUGAUAAUUUGGGGACAUUUUCAUAUGAGGUGAUUAGUUCCAAGUGUCUUUAUGUUCCAUAAGUACAAAACCAUUUGCCAAAAAGAAAAGAUUUUUUCUUGCUCCAAAAAAAUAAGAAGCAAUUUGCUUGGUAGUUAUUGACUUUAUUAGAUCCUCUGUUUGGUAGCACUUUUACUACAAUGUUAAAAUAAAUUUGACAAUGAAUAUGGACUGGGUCGAUGCCAGUGGAAUCAAAUCAAGGCCACUGAAAGCCAGUGUUUCUUUCACUGAUCUGUCCCAUUUGUUGUUUAAAGGGUUGGGGCCCAAAUUCUCUGGCCUGGUAUUUCUCAGUCUUUGUUACACAGAGUGUUCGUAUGCAGCAUGUGACACACCGAAGAUGCCAAGUCUAUCAGUCCUAUCUGAUUUCAUCAUAUUCCUGCCUGCCACCCCCACCAGCACCCUGCCCCAUCCUGAAAAAAAGCUCAUGUGUUCAUGGGUUAAGGAUGGCAAACAAAACCAGUGUUCUUCAUAUUCAAUAUCCAAAUUUGUUCCAUUCUUAAAGUACUGAAUUUUUGUGAAAGUAUAGGCAAAUAUCCUUUUGACUGGUUGCCACUGAAUCACUGUCCCUCACCUACUUGUAUCCUUAGUACCUUUCCUAGAUAUGAUCAGACAAAAUGGAGAAGGGAGAAAGCAUAUUGAAUGGAACAGUUGGAAGGUUUGCCACAUGUUGAUCCAACCAUAAACUAAUGGUGUAAUUAAGCAUUCUGUUGGGAAGAGCUCUGGGCUGGGGCUCAGUGGGCUUGGGCUCUGGGUCUCACCAAAGUGAACCUCUCUGGACUCUAGUUUCCUUAGGUAUAAAUAAGGGAGCAGGGCAAGGUGAAUUCAGAGGUCCAUUCUAGCCCUAACACAUUAUAAGUAAUUGAAAAGCAAGAUCCCAUUUAUUUGGGGUCGAUACUGAUAACCAGUCUGGAUAGUUAAGAUGAAGAAUUCAGUUCUUUUCUCUAGUUUGUGUUCACAGUCAGAAUGAAUGACUUAACUUAUAUCUACGUUCAGAUAGUUGAGACCCAAUCAUUUCCAUUUAAAACAUUGAAAUUUUGGAAUAUCAUAGGUAAUGAUGGUAAAAGUAGAUGUUUUGAGUGGUAAACUGCAUCAUCCUUUACAUGCCUUUGCCUAUAGCGUUAUGACCAGACAAUAGAGUGUUUCACUGUUGUAUUUUAACCUGAGUUAUCUGGACAACUGCCUUAACUCCACUUAAUUUUGGCUGUGUAGCUACAACUUUAAUCUUUGUAAUUAUCAUAUACUUAUUAAGUUUUAAAUAAAAUAUGGGAAACUUCCUUUGGAUGGAAAUCAAGCACAAUGAACUCGAAAUUUUUAUGUAAAAUAAUUUCAUUUUACUUUUACUGCCAUUGGUUUCUUAAAUAGGGUUGUUUCCUUUUGUACAACUAGGAAAUAAUGUACUUUUCAUCAAUUUUACAUAUACCUUAGUUCUUAAUAUCUGCACUAAAACAGGGAACAAAAUGAAUAUAGAUAAUAGAAAACUAUGGGUAUAUCAGAAACAGAGCAGGGCUGGGGGUUCAUUCUAGCUGAGCAGUGUUAACAAGAGUUCCUGAUACAAAUAGAUAUAGAGUAUAGAUUAUAUGAGCAGUGCACAGGGAUAAUCCAUAUUUAGCUGUAAUGGUAUCGUAGUGGGUUGAGCAAAUACUUCAUUUACAAAUGCCACAAAACAAAACACACAAAAAAGAAAUGUCUGAUUGCAUGUUAUUUUUAUCUCACAUUCUUAUAUUCAUCUGUCUUAAAGUGGAAACCCAUUGCCUAUAAAUACCUGUAAAU